ACAGACAUGAAUCCUUGUCGUAGCAAUCCAUGCCAAAAUAGAGCCUUUUGUAGCAACUAUGGAACAGAUUAUUAUAACUGUACAUGUAUAGCUGGUUUUACGGGCACCUUUUGCCAAACAAAUAUUAACGAAUGCUCAUCUACGCCUUGUAUGAAUAAUGGAACAUGUGAGGAUCAGGUCAAUAAAUUUCAUUGCAACUGCGAUCAUGGAUGGAUUGGGACAUUAUAUCAUUGUGAUGUUAAUAUCGAUGAUUGCAAUCCUAAUCCAUGCCAACAUCAAUCGACUUGUAUUGAUGGAAUUAAUCACUGCUAUGAUCAAAUUAAUCAAUUUCAAUGUCAAUGCUUACCUGGAUAUACUGAUACAAUGUGCCAAACUAAUAUCGAUGAAUGUUCUAGUAAUCCUUGCUACUUUGGAUCUUGUUUAGAUAACAUUAACGGUUAUCACUGUCGAUGCAAUCCUGGAUAUACUGGUCGAUUAUGUCAGACUGAAAUCGAUGAAUGUCAAAGUAACCCAUGUUAUAAUAACGCCACAUGUAUUAAUCAAAUUAAUCGCUAUCAAUGCAGUUGUAUUCAAGGCUUUACAGGUAUACAUUGCCAAACUGAUAUCGAUAAUUGCGAUCCCAAUCCAUGCCAUGAUGGAAAUUGUACCGACUUAGUCAAUGACUAUACAUGUACAUGUCCGGAAGAUGUAUUAGGUAAAUCGUGUUUAGACAAUUGCACACUUAAUCCAUGCCAAAAUGGCGGACAAUGCCAUGAUCAAGCCAUCGACUAUUCUUGUCAAUGUUUACUCGGAUUUACAGGUCAAGAUUGUCAAAUUAACAUCGACGAUUGCGUCAAUGUACCAUGUCAAAAUAACGGAGUCUGUAUAGAUGGAAUUAAUCGAUAUACUUGCCAAUGUCCGGCUGGUUAUACUGGACAGCAAUGUCAAACAGAUAUUAACGAAUGCUUUAGUAAUCCGUGCCAACAUGAUGCAGCAUGUAUCGACAAUAUUAAUCAAUAUCAAUGUCAAUGUCUACCUGGCUAUACUGGCAAUCACUGUCAAACUGAAAUUGAUGAAUGUUCGAGUAAUCCUUGUGUUUACGGGACAUGUAAUAACUUAAUUAAUCAAUUUAACUGUUCUUGCUCUACUGGCUAUGAUGGUACAACAUGCAAUCAUGAUAUCGAUGAAUGUCGUUUUCGACCAUGUGUUAAUUUGGUAGUAUGUGUUAAUUCUCCACCUGGUAGUUAUACAUGCUACUGCACUUCUGGUUAUACGGGUCGUCAUUGCCAGAGUAAUAUUGACGAAUGUGCAUCGUCGCCUUGUGUUCACGGAACAUGCCAAGAUGAUAUUAAUCGUUAUCAAUGUUCUUGUACUGAUGGCUAUACAGGUGUUCAUUGCGAAACUGAUAUUAACGAUUGUCUUGCACUUCCAUGCAGAAAUAAUGCGACAUGUGUUGAUUUAGUAGGCGACUAUCAUUGCAAUUGUACUCAAGGUUUUCAUGGCAAACAAUGUCUUGAAGAAGAUCGAGAAUGUGAUAGCAAUCCAUGUCAAAACGGUGGAACAUGUCAAGAUUUAGUUAACGGCUAUCAAUGUCGUUGUCGAGAUGGCUAUAACGGCACUAACUGCCAAAAUAACAUUAAUGAUUGUACACAGUCGCCAUGUCAAAAUGGAGGAAAUUGUACAGAUUUAAUCAAUGAUUAUACUUGUACUUGUCCUAAUGGCUACACGGGUAAAAACUGUUUGAGUAAUAUCAACGAGCUUGGACUUACUGGCUCCCUUUGCGAAACCAAUAUCGAUGAUUGUGCUUCUUCUCCAUGUAUCAAUGCUUCAUCUUGUAUAGAUGAUGUCAAUUCUUUUACUUGUGUGUGCAUUGCUGGUUUUACUGGCAAUCUAUGCCAAACGAAUAUACAAGAAUGUGAUUCCAAUCCUUGCUUUAAUAACGCUAUAUGCAGUGACUUAGUCAAUGCAUACAGUUGCCGCUGCAGUUCAGGAUAUACAGGAGUUUUAUGUCAAGCUGCAAUUAAUGAAUGUGCAUCGAAUCCUUGUCUUAAUCAAGGCACAUGUGUUGAUCGCAUUAACGCAUAUCAAUGUAUUUGUACUUCUGAAUAUACUGGAAUGAAUUGCAAUACUAGUAGGCUAUAUCUUGUGUUUAUAAUUACAACUGAGCAUUUUUCUUUCAUCAUAUCUGAAUUUGUAUAUAUUUAUGCAUAG